AUGACAUCUACCUAUGACUGUUUGAUUAUCGGCGGAGGACCCGCAGGAUUGGCAACAGCACUUGCACUUUGCAGGGCCCUGCGCACCUGCGUUAUCUUCGACAAUGGGACCUACCGCAACGCGUCCACCAGUCACAUGCACACCGUUCUGACCUGGGACCAUCACGCUCCACACGAGUUUCGACAGGCUGCACACAAUGAGCUGAUCCACGGAAGGUACAAAACAGUGGCUGAGAUUGUUCAAGGAAAUGUGGAAAGAGUGGAGAAACAAGAUGACUACAAGUUCACGGUGACAAGUAAUGGAACAACAUACCACGGGAAAACAAUUGUCUUUGCAUCAGGUGUCGAGGACUCUCUAUCAAGUAUCCCAGGGCUUUCAGACGGUUGGGGGGAAACUGUUUUCCAUUGUCUAUUCUGCCAUGGAUUUGAAGAACGUGGAAGCCCCAGUGCUGGACUUCUUCUUGACAAUCCUAUGGUUUUGGGCCAUCUUGUUGAGAUUGCUGGAAUGGCCUCUAAACUUGCGGACAAAGUCACAAUCUACACCAAUGGUCAGGAUUUCACCACAAUGCCCAACCCACGAGAAGGCGAUCUGCUUGCACUCCAAACACGGUUAGAACGCCAUGGGUUUAAGUUUGACUCAAGGCCAAUCACCAAAAUUGUGGCACAUGAAUUGUCCAUCGAUCUUGUGUUUGAUGGUUCCCAGACCUCUCACCGGUUUUUGUCGUAUUUCCCUAAACAAACGGUACGCAACAAACACCUUAUGCAGCCUCUCGGAGUCAAGUUCUUGCCUUCAGGUCAUGUGGAAACUCUGCCAAUGGGCCAGGCUACCCAUGCUCCAGGAGUUUUUGUUGCAGGCGACAAUUGCACGUUUCUGCAACAAGUCUCUGGAGCUAUCAACAUGGGCACCAUUGCUGGUGCCAACGUUCACCACCACCUGAUUCGCGCAGAGCUUCCGUAG